GAGGUGCCAAGCCUUGGGGAGCCCCAUCCUCUCCGAGCUGUGUGUGUAGGUGGGGGACACGGAGGGCUGGCGGCCACCCCUUGCCCCCUCCCCCUUGUUUUGCAGCACCCUCCGGGGCCGCCCCGUCCCGCCCCAUCGGGGGCCGCCCCCGGGCGCUCCGGGCACUUAAAAAGCGAAGCUGCGGGGCGGUGAGGUUAGGAGCUGGAGCCGCCAUCUCGCCAUGCUUUUCGAUCGGCUCAAACGUUUCGCCAUCGUGCUGGAGGGUGCGGAGAGAGGGGCUCCGGCCGCUUUCAGCCCCGGGCAGGCGGUGGCCGGCCGGGUGCUGCUGGAGCUGGCGGCGGCGGCGAAGCUCGGGGCGCUCCGGCUGCGGGCGAUCGGCGCUGCCCGGGUCCAUUGGACCGAAUCCCGCAGCGCCGGCUCCAGCACCGCCUACACGCAGAGUUACAGCGACCAGGUGGAGUUCCUCAGCCACCGAGACACGCUGCUGGCCCCGCCAGUUUAACCCCGGCAGAAAUAUUCCAGCAGUGUCGUGCUGCUCCUUCCCUGCCUGCGCUGCUCCGCCACCGAUUUGCUCGGGGAGGAAGUCCUGCAGAUGCGAGAUAAUCGUCUUCAAUCUGUUUUGCCCACAG